CACACACAUACAAAAACCUCCAUAUGUUGUAUAUCAGUGUAUCAGUCCAUAGUUUGAUACACCAAUGUUAGACAGGUUGCAUUGGUUGAAAGUACGACGUCAUUCAUUCUCCCAUUGUAUAGUUUGUGAGUAAGCCUAGAUUAUAACGGUUAAACAUAGACUAUAAUCUCUCAAUUGCGAAAACAACACUCUUGUCUUUAUUCCUGGAAUCGAUAACAUUUCAAUAAUAGUUAGGAGCAACCAACAUCUCCUUCUAGAUUCAUAUUUCGUGAAAGGAAUUGUAUUUUAUUCUUGUAUUUUUUUACUGUAUUAACAUAAAGCAUUGCGAUAUACAUAUAUCGGAUAUUAAUUAUCAUUCCUACAAAAAUUUAUACAUAAUACCCUAAUUAUCAUAAAAUGGGUUGUACACUGUCUAAAGAAGAGCGUGAUGCUCUUGAACAAAGUCGAAAUAUCGAUAAAAAACUUAAAGAAGAUGGUAUGCAAGCUGCAAAAGAUGUGAAACUACUACUUUUGGGUGCCGGUGAAUCAGGGAAGAGUACAAUUGUCAAACAAAUGAAAAUUAUUCAUGAAGGUGGAUUUACACAAGAAGAUAAUAAACAGUAUAAACCGGUUGUUUAUAGUAAUACUAUUCAAUCAAUGGUUGCAAUACUUAGAGCAAUGAACACUCUUGGAAUACAAUUCGGUGAUAGUGAACAAGGUGCUGAAGAUGCUCGUAUUGUUUGUGAUGUGAUACAAGCUAUGGAAGAUACAAAACCAUUUUCUGAAGAUCUACUCGAUGCAAUGAAACGAUUAUGGGCUGAUUCUGGUGUACAAGAAUGUUUUGCACGAUCAAAUGAAUAUCAAUUGAAUGAUUCAGCAAAAUAUUUCCUUGAUGAUUUAGAUCGUUUAGGCGCUAAAGAUUAUAUGCCAACUGAACAAGAUAUUCUUAGAACUCGAGUUAAAACAACUGGUAUUGUGGAAGUACAUUUUCAAUUUAAAAAUAUGAAUUUCAAACUUUUCGAUGUGGGUGGCCAACGAUCUGAACGUAAAAAAUGGAUUCAUUGUUUUGAAGAUGUGACAGCAAUUAUUUUUUGUGUAGCUAUGAGUGAAUACGAUCAAGUGUUACAUGAAGAUGAGACAACGAAUCGUAUGCAAGAAUCCUUGAAAUUAUUCGAUUCAAUAUGUAAUAAUAAAUGGUUUACUGAUACAAGUAUUAUAUUAUUUUUAAAUAAAAAAGAUUUAUUCGAAGAGAAAAUUAAACGUUCACCAUUGACUAUUUGUUUUCCAGAAUAUCCAGGUAAACAAACUUAUGAAGAAGCAGCUAUUUAUAUUCAAGCAUCAUUUGAAGCGAAAAAUCGUUCACCUAACAAAGAGAUCUAUUGUCAUCAAACAUGUGCCACUGAUACAAAUAAUAUACAAUUUGUAUUCGAUGCUGUGACUGAUGUGAUUAUAGCAAAUAAUUUGAAAGGAUGUGGUUUGUAUUAAUUCAUUUUAUUGAUUGAUUGAUUGAUUAAUUGACUGAUUGAUUUGUUUGUGGAUGUUUGUUUGCUGUGGUGUCUUCUUCUUCGUCUACUUCGUCUUCUUCUUCUGUUUUAGUUUUUUUUUGUUGAAUUGUGUAUGUUUUUGUCUCUUUUUUCUUUCAUGCAAUUUCAUUGUGUUUUGAUUCAACCAAUCAGACGUGCAUAUUCAUACAUACAUACAGCCAAUCCAAUCCAAUUCAUUCAUUCAUUCAGUUGAAUACAUAUCUACACUGUGUUUUUUCUCUUUUCAAUUGCUGCUUAAGUGUCAUGUUAUCCACAUACACACUACUACUGAUACAUAAACAAGGAGCGCGAGAGCUGAGUGUCCGCAACGCGGAAAAACAUUUCCACAAAUAACACAUUAUAUGAUAAUAAUAAUAAUAAUAAUAAUAAUAAUAAUAGUACAAAAAUGUACUUCACAUUCAUUGUUUGUUUUAUUGUGAAAUGCCUUUUUCUCUUGUCUAUCUAUCUGUCUGUCUGUCUCUCUCUCCCUCUCUCUCUAUGCUCUUUGUGUGUCGUUGUUAUCAUUACCUUUCUUCUCUCAUUUUUGUAAUUGGCCAAAGCAAAAAUAUGGUGUGAUGUUGUUGCAUUAUAAUCGAAUGCUUGUGUUUGUUUGCGUUUCUCAUUUCAACGUUAAUCAUCAUCGCCAUCAUCAUCAUCAUCGCUAUCGCCAUCAUCGUCAUCUUCAUCAUGAUGAUCAUCAUAAUAAUCACUGAUCUCUACUCGCUGAAAGAUUUCAUUGGAUUGAAAUCAUCCGAAACUUCUCUAAAGAUCAUAUAUUGAUGGAAUGAUAAUGAUUACUUACUAAUUGUCGUCAUGAAAUCAGAAAUUCUCCUCACACACACACACACACAACUAUGCUAUUUCCCCAUCUCUUCUCUCUAACU